CAACGAAUGUGCAAUGCCGUUUUAUAGACUGUAUUCACUACUCACUGUACCGUUUUUCCAGCUUCAGAGUCUCAGUCAUCACAGAAUCCCCAAGUUUUUGCUGACUUUAAUUUCAGAAAGAUUCAUUUUCCCUUCUUUUUCUACCCAAAAAAGCGUCCAAAUCGGAACUCCCAUUUAAGCACUUAGAAAUUGAUUAUAGUAUUACAGUGGGGCCAAUUCACCAUCUGAUAAGAACUACCAUAUCCCCCCUUUGAUUUUGACAAAUCCCAUAGUAUCCUUUUCUGAUCAACUUCCUCAAUAUAAACCUCAAGAAAACAAGGUUCCUUUUUCAUUUGAAACUUCCUAUUAUGACCUAUUUCUCAUCAACUUUUCCACUAUAUAUAUAUAUAUAGCUUAAUACCCAUCUCAACUUCAAGAAAACAAAGAAAAACAGAGUCGUAGAAACCCAAAAAAGGUUUCUUUGUAUGGCUAUGGAUAGAUCCAACAGUGUAGACAGAAAGAAAAAUGAUGACACCCAAAUAGAAGGAGAAGCUUUGGACUCUGUAGAAAGGAUAUUUGAGUCCACAGAAGUACCUUCAUGGCAAAGCCAGUUAACUUUGAGGGCAUUUGUUGUCAGUUUCAUAUUGGGAGUUCUUUUCACUUUCAUUGUCAUGAAGCUGAAUCUCACCACUGGUAUUAUCCCUUCCCUCAAUGUUUCUGCUGGGCUUUUGGGGUUCUUUUUUGUCAAGACUUGGACUAGUCUUCUUGAGAAAUCUGGGUUUCUCAAGCAACCUAUCACUCGCCAAGAAAACACUGUCAUUCAGACCUGUGUCGUCGCUACUUCCGGCAUUGCCUUUAGCGGAGGUUUUGGAAGCUAUCUGUUUGGCAUGAGUGAAGUUGUUGCCAAACAGGCAGUUGAAGCUAAUAAUGAAGCUAAUAUUAAGAACCCCUCUUUGGGAUGGAUGAUAGGGUUUCUUUUUGUUGUUAGCUUUCUUGGGCUUUUCUCAGUGGUUCCACUUCGUAAGAUUAUGAUCAUAGACUUCAAACUGACUUAUCCAAGUGGCACUGCAACUGCUCACCUUAUCAACAGUUUCCACACCCCACAAGGAGCUAAACUAGCAAAGAAACAAGUAAAAGCUCUGGGAAAGUUCUUCACCUUCAGCUUCCUAUGGGGUUUCUUCCAAUGGUUUUUCACUGCUGGGGAUGACUGUGGAUUUGCAAGCUUUCCCACGUUUGGUCUUAAAGCCUAUGAGAAUAGGUUCUACUUUGACUUCUCAGCAACAUAUGUUGGUGUAGGGAUGAUAUGUCCUUAUCUAAUUAACAUCUCUUUGCUACUCGGAUCUAUCCUUUCUUGGGGUAUAAUGUGGCCUCUGAUUCAGGACAGAAAGGGUCAUUGGUACCCUGCAGAUGAGAGUCCCGCCAGCUUUCACGGCUUGCAGGGCUAUAAGGUCUUCAUAGCAAUAGCCAUGAUCCUUGGUGAUGGUCUCUACAAUUUCUGUAAGGUACUUGGACGAACAUUAUAUGGUUUGUAUAUGCAAUUUCGCAAUAAAAAUGAAGGUGCAGUCCUACCAGUUGGCGCUCGUCCAUCUCCUCAGGAGCCUUCCAUAUCUUUUGAUGACCAGCGACGAACAGAGCUUUUCCUCAAGGAUCAAAUCCCGACAUGGGUGGCCAUAGUCGGUUAUGUUGGCAUUGCGAUCAUCUCCAUUAUAACACUUCCACACAUUUUCCAUCAGCUUAAGUGGUACCACAUCAUAGUGAUUUAUAUUUUCGCACCAGUACUAGCCUUCUGCAAUGCUUAUGGUUGUGGUCUCACUGACUGGUCAUUGGCAUCCACCUAUGGGAAGCUGGCAAUAUUCACAAUUGGUGCAUGGGCCGGGGCUGCUCACGGAGGGGUUCUUGCUGGACUUGCUGCUUGUGGUGUCAUGAUGAACAUUGUUUCCACUGCAUCCGACCUAUCACAGGACUUCAAGACUGGUUAUAUGACAUUAGCUUCUCCUCGGUCCAUGUUCAUAAGCCAGAUUAUUGGCACAGCAAUGGGUUGUGUCAUCUCCCCAUGUGUAUUUUGGCUCUUCCUUAAGGCAUUCCACAGCUUAGGUACCCCAGGUUCAGCAUAUCCUGCCCCUUACGCACUGGUGUUUCGUAGCAUGUCUAUCAUAGGAGUUGAAGGUUUCUCAGCUCUGCCAAAGCACUGCCUCACCCUUUGCUAUAUAUUCUUUGUUGGAGCUAUCGUCAUCAAUGGCAUCAGAGAUCUCGUGGGAAAGAACAAGGCAAAGUACAUUCCUCUCCCGAUGGCGAUGGCCAUUCCCUUCUAUCUCGGCUCCUACUUUGCUAUUGAUAUGUGUCUCGGGAGCUUGAUAUUGUUCGUUUGGUCAAAGAUAAACAAGGCCAAGGCUGAUGCAUUUGGACCUGCCGUGGCUUCUGGACUGAUUUGUGGUGAUGGGGUCUGGACUUUACCCAGUUCAAUACUAGCUUUGUCAGGAGUGAAACCACCCAUUUGCAUGAAGUUUCUAUCUAGGAAAGAUAACACCAGGGUCGAUAGUUUCUUAAAUUCUUGAACUCCCUUCUUCUUGUAGGUGUUUAUCAUUCUCUAUUGAUUCUGUUAGUAUUGUCACAUGUCCGCUUAAAUCAUUCGUGUACAUAUCGUGUGCUACAAUUGUCAUAAAUCAUUUCAGCUCAACUGAAACAGGAUUGCUAUGCUGA